UGCGGCACCAGCACCUGCCUCUGCUGGGGGGCGGCCGGGGCCUGGCUCUGUCUCUCUCCCGCCGGGCAGCCCAGCGGAGAGGCACGUGGUGGCUCCGUUUACCUGGCGGGCUGGGCCGGGGCAGGCAGGAUCUGGCAGCUGCGGUGCAGGAGAGGGACCGCUCGGGGCGUGGAGAUGACUCUGAGCUGCAGCAGCUGGUCCGCGAGAAGUCCCAGAAACGGCUACUACUUUGAGCAAGGGGCAGACUACCAACAAAGAGGUCAUGUCUGGGGAAACCCGGAUGUGUGGCCGUCCUGUGUCCCUGGUCCAGCCUGCCCAGCUCGCGUUCUGCCCCCAGCCCGUGUCCUGCUCCCGGCCUAUGUUCUGCCCCCAGCCCAGUUCAGUGCCCAUGUUUUGCAGGUCACUGCCUCUCUCCUACAUAGUGAUUGACGGGCCUGCGCCGCAGCCCCCACUCGUCUUCCUGCACGGCCUGCUGGGCAGCAAGGGCAACUUCCGCGCCAUCGCCCGGGCCCUGGUGCAGCGGAGCGGCCGCAAGGUGCUGACAGUGGACGCGCGGAACCAUGGCGAGAGCCCGCACAGCCCCACCAUGAGCUACGAGGCCAUGAGCCUGGACGUGCAGCGCCUCCUACGCCAGCUGCACAUCCCCAAGUGUGUCUUGGUUGGCCACAGCAUGGGCGGCAAAACCGCCAUGACACUGGCGCUGCAGCAGCCAGAUCUCGUGGAGCGCCUGGUGUCUGUAGACAUUAGUCCCACAGAGAGCGUGGCUGUGACAGAUUUCCUGGCCUACAUCUCUGCCAUGAGGAGAGUGAGCAUCCCAAGUGGAAUCCCCCGCUCUACAGCACGCCGGCUGGCAGAGGAUCAACUGCGUCCAGCCAUCCAGGUGUCAGCAGUAAGGCAGUUCCUGCUCACCAACUUGGUGGAGGCCGAGGGCCGUUACAUGUGGCGGGUGAACCUGGAUGCCAUUUCCCAUCAUAUGGCCAAUAUCAUGGGCUUCCCUGUGUUCCACACCCCUUACCCAGGACCCACACUCUUCCUAGCAGGAUCUGACUCCCCCUAUGUCAGCUCCGAGGACUACCCAGAGAUUGAGCGGCUCUUUCCCGAGGCAGAGAUCCAGUAUAUCCCAGGUGCUGGCCACUGGGUCCAUGCAGAUAAGUCCCAAGAGUUCAUCAUGGCCAUCUGCAACUUCCUGCUGCUGCCAUAGAGCUCCUUCCUUUGCAGGCCGAGAGAGCACGAUUCCCAGGGAUGCCUACUCCGGGAUCACCACAUGAAGGACAUGGGGAUCCUCUUGGGGACAGAUCACUGCUGAGGUGUGGCCCCUGUCCACAAGCAGGACCUCUGGGAUGGAAGGCUCAGCACCUGACCCAUGCAUCAGUGUGACAGGCUAGAGCGGAAAGUGAGGCGGGGCUGCAUUGCCAGGGCCAGGAUCUCUCUCCACCCCAGGCAGCUGGAGAUGAUUUGGCCUCAGUGCUCAUUCCAGCGGACCAGGGCAGAUCUGGAGUUGAGGCUCCCCCUAGGCCAUCAUGCCCUUCCAUGUGCAUCCCCAGUAUGUUGGGGCAGUGGCCCAUGGGCUCCCUGGCCCUGUUCUUCCCUCUUAUUUGAAUCCUUUCUUUGGGAUCUUAAGGUUGUUCCCAUUCCCAGCCCCCUUCCCCAGCACACACAGACCUCCAAGCACACACAGACCCUUGACUGGGCCAUUUCUCAGAGACUCUGAGCUCUAGGGUGGGGGAUCAGAGUCCAGAUUCCAGCGUGCAAUCCCAGCCUUGCUGGAGGUUCCCAUCCUCCACCAGAGGCUGGAACCAGAGCACUGCCUACUCUUGUACUGCCUUUCUGUAUAACUUCCUGGGACUCUGUACAGUAUUUAAAAUAAAGCCAAAUUAGCACGGAGGCAUCGAAACCUACAGGCCUUCUCCCAGAGGCAAGACAAGGGGAGUGCGGCAGCAGCAUGUUCUCCUCUGAGCCUUAGCAGAAUAAGAGUCCAGAGAAUCUCCUAGUCUCACAAUACAAGAACCAGGAGACAUCAAUGACAUUAAUAGGCAGGAAACUCAGCUCAGAUCAAAGCAAAUACCAUUUCACCCAACACAUACAACUGUGGAACUCACUGCCACUGGACAUCAUUAAGGCCCUGACUUUAUCAAGACUCAGAUAGAGACGGGGCAUUUAUCUGGAUAACAAGAACUUCCAGACUCAACAAUUAAUGUUAGAAGAAGAGUUUUGGAAGGGAGAUUAAACCCUCCUGCUUCAA